AUGAUAUCUUCUUCUUCAACGUCGAACUUAUCCAAUCUUCCCCCAUCAUCUACACCACCGAUUCCUGUAGCGCCACCUGUCCCUAAGCAGACCGUACACCGUCCACCGGAAUCUGACAACCGGAAACUCAAUAAAGGUAGCUCUCAGUUGCUCCGAUGGUCUAGAGCUCGUGCAAUCAGAUCUGGCGUGAAACUGGACCGUCCAACUCAACGAACACUCACGGAGGUUGUUGAUCGACCGGUGCGUGAUUCUUCUUCUACUACUAGUCCGUAUCAAUCGUCGGAGGAAGAAGAAGACGGUUGUGUGGCGGAGAUGGAGGAAGCGGCGGCGGCGGGAGCGAAACAUAUAUAUAUGGUUUCCGAUGGCACGGGAUGGACAGCGGAGCAUUCUGUGAACGCGGCGUUAGGUCAAUUCGAGCAUUGCUUGGUGGAUCAUGGUUGUCCAGUCAAUACUCAUUUGUUCUCUGGGAUUGAAGACAUAGAAAAGCUUAUGGAGAUAAUUAAGCAAGCAGCCCGAGAAGGAGCAAUGCUGAUUUACACACUAGCCGAUGAAAACAUGGCAGCUUCAGCGCUACACGCCUGCAAACGGUGGGGCGUGCCGUCCACCGAUUUACUUAGCCCGAUCACCGAAGCAAUCGCACUGCACUUGGGGGUCUCGCCUUCCGGCCUACCUCGUGGGGCCCCGGGAAGGAAAUUCCCGUUGACCGAAGAUUACUUCAAGAGAAUUGAUGCAAUUGAGUUCACCAUAAAACAAGACGAUGGAGCUUUGCCUGGGAACUUACACAAAGCUGAUAUUGUUCUUGUGGGUGUUUCCCGCACAGGAAAGACUCCGUUAUCGAUCUAUUUGGCACAAAAGGGGUUUAAAGUGGCGAAUGUGCCUCUCGUUAUGGGAGUUGCGUUGCCAAAAACUCUAUUCGAGAUUGACCAAGAGAAGGUCUUUGCGUUGACUAUAAAUCCGGUUGUUUUGCAAACUAUAAGAAGAGCGAGAGCGAAGAGCUUAGGGUUUACGGAACAAGUGAGAACGAAUUACUCCGAGAUGGAUCAUGUUCGGGAGGAGCUCGAUUGCUCUUGCAAGAUUUUUGCGCAGAAUCCCACUUGGCCAGUAAUCGAAGUAACGGGAAAAGCAAUCGAAGAAACUGCAGUUACCGUAUUGAGACUCUACCAAGACCGAAAAACCAGGUGCUCGAUGCCACGAAUCUCGAAACGUUACUAGAAACAUAAAUAACCAUUUCUUCUCAAAAUAUCGAAGGGGAAUGGAAAGUCUUUCUUGGCAAAUCCAUUCAAGAUAAACUCCUUUUUUUGUAUGUAUACUCAUAGAAUAAUAUGAAUCUGGAUAAAACAUGAGUAGUUAUUUGUACAGUGUUUGAUGAUAACAGUAUAGAAUGAGACAAAAAUGCUAAAUGGAUCGAGUCGUCCCUAGAGCGUUCUU